AUGGUUAUGUUUGAACAGGUUGCACCUCAUGUUAAUGGCCGCACUCAAACCCUUAACAAAUUUCAAGAAUUUGUUGUGGUGCUGAUGAAGCUGAGAUUAAAUAUGUCAUUUGAAGACUUGGCCUACAGAUUCACAGUAGUUAUGGCUAAAGUCUCACGUAUUUUCUCGGCUUGGAUGGUGGUGAUGGAUGCCAAGUUAUUUUCUCUUGUUUACUGGCCAGAACGAGAACAGUUGUGGUAUACCAUGCCAAUUUGUUUUCAAUAUGCAUUUGGGAAAAAAGUCACCGUAAUCAUUGACUGUUUUGAAGUAUUUAUUGAAAGGCCAACAAAUCUACUGGCCAAGGCCCAAACCUUUUCGUCUUACAAGCAUCAUAACACCAUAAAAAUUCUCAUAGGAAUUACCACUCAAAGAAACAUAUCCCAUGUAUCUGAAACCUGGGGAGGCCGCACAUCUGACAAGUUCCUUACAGAGAACUGUGGAUUUCUAGAACAUUUGUUACCUGGGGAUAUGGUGAUGGCAGACAGGGGGUCACUAUUACAGAGCGUGUUGGCCUGA